AUGUCGAAAUUUUCUGCACACCAUCCAUUUUCUCGACGUAUCGACAAAACAGUUGUUAUUUGGUUGGGUCCAAUCGACGACAAAUCGUCUAUUUCUCAACUACAUUCUAUUGUUAAUUCUAUUCGGAUGUUUGAAGAUGUGGAUCAAUGUGCAAAAUUUCUCAAUGAAAUUAAGAAUGAAAAAGCAUUUAUAGUUAUUUCAAAUAUGAUAAAUCAACAUUUAAAACCUCUUUUUCAUAGCUUUUCUCAAGUUCAUUCUACUUACAUAUUGUGUAAUAAUAAACACGGAGGAAAUCCAGCAGGAACUUAUAGUCGAAUCGAAGAUAUAUGUCAUUCACUAAAACAAGACAUUCGACGAUAUGAAACCGAACAGAGUUCAAUUAGUAUAUUAUCAUCAGAUAGGAUUCCGAAUCAUGAUAUUAAUGAACUAGAUCAAUCAUAUAUGUAUUCACAAUUAUUAAAAGAAGCAAUUCUCGAAAUUGAAUUUGAUGAUGAAGCACGAAAACGAUUUGCUGAUUUUUGUUGUUUCCAUUAUUCUGAUAACAAAUGUAAAGUAGAUGCUAUCCGUCAAUUUGAAAAUGACUAUGAACGUCAUUCACCAAUUUGGUGGUAUACUAAAGAAUUAUUUAUUUAUUCGAUGCUUAAUCAAGCUUUAAGAACACAAUAUUCUGAGAUUGUUAUUCGAAUGGGAUUUUUUAUGCAAGAUCUCCAUCGACAAAUAGAAGAUCUUCAUGCUAAAAUUCCAAAAGAUGAAUAUCCGCGAAUAGUUUAUCGAGGUCAAGGUGUGUCAGAUGAAGAUUUUGACAAAUUAAAGAAUACCAAUGGAGGUCUUAUAUCGUUUAAUAAUUUUUUGUCGACAAGUCUUGAUCCAACAGUUGCACGUGCUUAUGCUGAAAGUUCAAAGGGAAAUCUUGCAACGCAAAGUAUACUAUUUCGAAUAGAACUAGAUCCAUUGAUAGCCUCAGCUCCAUUCGUUGAAUUGAAAAAUAUUGGAUAUUAUCAAGAAGAAAAAGAAAUUCUUUUUUCAAUGCAUGCGGUCUUUCGAGUUGGAUGUAUAUGUCAAAUUGAUGAUCGAUUAUGGGAAGUACAGCUAACAUCAACUAGUAGUACUGAUGAAAAACUAGUUGCACUUACGAAUUAUAUAAGAAAUGAAUUACAACAAUCAAUUGGAUGGAAUAAAUUAGGACAUUUAAUGAUUAAAAUAGGAAAAUUUAAUCAAGCUCGUGAAAUUUAUCAUCAAUUAUUUCAUCUGAUAUCGAAUAAGGAUUGGAAAGGUCGAGCUUUGAUCUAUAGUUACUUUGGAUUGAUUCAUAAAGAGAAAGGAGAAAAUAACAAGGCACUUUCAUUCUAUAACAGAUCGAUUCAAAUUUUUGAAAAAUAUUUCUUUCACGACUAUCAAAAUCGAGCCAUCAACUAUGGGAAUAUUGGUGAAGUAUAUCGUAAUAUGGGAAAAUACCCGGAUUCAUUAUCAUAUUAUCAAAAAGCGCUUGAAUUGCAAAAUCUAUUUCUUCCAUAUGAUCAUCCAUAUCGAGGUAUUAUUUACAAUGAUAUCGCUCUUGUAUAUAGUCAAUUAGGAGAUGAAAUCAAUGCUCUUUCAUAUUUUCAACAAACACUUCAAAAUCAAGAGAAAUGUUUACCUUCUAACCAUCCUCAUGUAUCUAUUACCUAUUCUAAUAUUGGUCAAUUAUAUCAACUUAAAGGAGAGUAUCCUGUUGCACUUUCAUUUUAUCAAAAAGCACUUGAAAACGAAGAAAAAAGUCUCCCAUCAGAUCAUCCAUGUGUGGCUAUAACAUCGAACUGUAUCGGUGUCUUAUAUCGAUUAAUAGGAGAUUAUCCAAAAGCACUCUGGUUUUCGGAAAAGGCACUCAGUAUUCAACAGAAAUCACUGAAGUAUAAUCAUCCCAACACUGCUAUUAUUUAUAUAAACAUUGGUGAAGUUAAUUGA